AUGAAGACUUCGUUGGCCCAAUUGGCUCUCGUCGUUCUAUCUUGUACCAUUAUUCUGGCAAGUAAGACAGAUGAUGUAAAUCUUUGCAAACGGCAGCCUUUUCGAGGUAGAUGCCCUUCCGUCAAAGGCAAAGGUCAGAUGCGUUCGCAAUUCGUCUUACGCUACUAUCUCAGGGAUAAUAAAUGCGUCUCUUAUCCUUUCGGCCAUUGCGCGAAUGAUGAAAAUGAACCAAUGCUGUACAGAUACAAAGAGGAAUGUGAAAAGGCCUGUCUCAGCAAUUCGAACAGUGAUGACACAGCAACUGAAAAUGAUAAUAUAACAGAAAAAUCAGCAAGUUCUUUAGGCAAUAAAAUUACUGAAAGUGAUACUGAUACUGGUACUACUAGUACUGAUGCUGAUACUGGUUCUGAUACUGGCGAACAAGUCAGUACUACUGCGAAACCAUUUUCCGAGAAUACUUCUACAAUUUCAUCACAACGAGCUGCAUUUACUGUCCAAAAGAAUACGUCUCACAAAUUACUUACUGAAUGCGAAAGACGCAAACAAGCAAGUGAAUCAGGCCUUAUCAAAACUGAUUUCAUUCCGAUUUGCACUGCCGAUGGUUCUUUUCGACCGCUGCAAUGCGAAACACAAGGGGGGAAUUGUUUCUGCGUGGAUCAUAACGGUAUUAAAAUACCGAACUCAGAUUCCAAUGGUACAAUGAAACCGAACUGCAAACGGAUUAUAGAAGCACAGAAGCCAUUAACGUAUGAAUGCGUGUCACCGAUGGAUUCUGGACCAUGUAGUGCGGCGAUCCCAAGGUGGUAUUAUGACGAUAGGGAAAAACAAUGUAUCCAAUUUGAAUAUUCAGGUUGCGGUGGUAACGGUAACAAUUAUCCAACCAGAGUAGAGUGCGAGAAACAAUGCCAAGUAGCAAACAAUGAAGUAAAAUGCAAAGAUGGCUUGGAACCAUUAAAGAAUGGCAAUGGUCAAUUGGUCAACUGUAAAGACACUGCAUGUCCUAAUGGCUAUUUAUGCUCCAUUGCACAGUUAGGGUCAGCUUGUUGCCCCAUCAAUGCUUCCAGCAAUAUUGCAUCAGAUAUCUGUCAACUCCCGAAGGAACGAGGUCCUUGUGAUCAGUAUGAGCUCAGAUUUUAUUACAACAGUCGUCUUGGCGAAUGCAAAUAUUUUUUCUUCGGCGGAUGUGAAGGCAAUGCAAACAAUUUUGAACGGGUAGAAGAAUGCGAACGUAUUUGUCGACAACGUGGAGCAAAAGUAGCUGUAACAUCAGUAGUAUCAGCACCUCAGCUCAUUACGUCAGGUCCGCAGAUGAGAAAGCUUAACAAAGAAUUUGGAACAAAAAAUAUCAAAAAAACUAGUCAAGAGAGCGAACUGAUAGAAUUGACCGAUGACGCUACUUCAGUUAAGUAUAGUGCAAGUAGUAUUUCGGAUAUCACGGAAAAUGCUGAUGUUGGUGCUACUACUAAUGAAGCAACUUUGAAAAUCAAAGAAACAAAUGCCAGUUCAUCUACAAGUAUGUCUCAUGAUCGUUCAACCUCAAGUAAAGAUUUAUCUGUUGCUAGCAUUAAUCAAAGUAAGCUAUAUCUCCACAAGGAGAUCAGGCAAAAGGGAACAAAGACAUCACUGGAUAGCAGUAUUACUGGUACAACAACAGAUUUCACAAUUGUCGAACCUCAGAAUACAACUGUAACAUUUGGCAACUCAGAGAACUUCACUGCUUCCGGUAAUGAAUCCAACAGGAAUAUAUCGAAAUUCUCAAGUGAAUCAGUCACAAUUACUGGUCAGCAAUUGUCUACCGGGGAAGAACGAAUCAGAAUGUCCUCAUCGACAUCAAGAAUGACGACGACACGUCGUCCUAACAUAAUAAGUGGUGGAGAAGAAAGAUUAUCCAACAAAUCGAAAUCAUCAUCUAUUCCACCAUCAUCCACUUCUCCAACUGCUUUAUCUCCCAGUAGUACCAUAACUUCGCGAUCGAUCACAUCUUCCGCAACGGAAUUAUUAGUGCCGCAACAAGCUGAAAGUGGUAUCAAUGACCGAUGUUUCCAAAAACGUGACCGAGGCACUUGCACUGGACAAUUUAUUCGAUGGCAUUGGGAUCCAGAACGAAACACUUGUCAAGUAUUCACUUAUUCCGGAUGUGACGGAAACGGAAAUAACUUCCGCAGUCGAGAAGAUUGUUUUGCUGCGUGUCAUAAACCGCCACAGCCAGUGCCCAGGAUGAACAAUGUUUGCGAACACAGUAUCCAUCCCGGUGAUUGUACCGGUGUCUUCCAAAGAUUUGCUUUCGAUUCUACUAUCGGCGACUGUCGUCCAUUUACAUAUACUGGCUGCGGUGGUAAUGGGAACAAUUUCGGAAGUUCCUUAGAAUGUCGCAAUAAAUGCGUUACACAUAGACCGACCCUUUCAACGAAUAUCUGCGAACAUCCAAUCGAAGUGGGCGAAUGUUCGGGUGUUUUCUCGCGAUUUGCAUACGAUCUGGUAACUAAUGAGUGCCGACCAUUCACAUACGGUGGUUGCGGUGGGAAUGGCAAUAAUUUCGGGUCUAUGGAUCAAUGCAAGAAAGCGUGUGUUCGAGCGCAACCGGACGUAUCAGUUCAAUGUCCCGUGGUGGACAUAUCGUUGUGCGUGGAGCCGUGUAUUUUAUUCUCGAACCGCCGCGGCUGUCAUGAGUGUACAUGUCCGGUGGCACACUCUGCCACUGAAAAUGGUCUAGUUGAGUCAUCAACCUUUUCUCCAACAGUAUCCGAUACUUCAUCCACAGAUGAACCUAAAGCUCUCGAGACUGAACAAUUUAUGAAAAACAAAGUGGAAAAAAAACAUGAAUCGACACCUCAUCCAAAAAAGAUCUCUCAAAUAAAUGCGGCAACUGAAUUGGGUGAAAAAUGCUCACAGCCAAUGGACGUAGGACCGUGCAAAAACUUCAUCGAACGUUGGUUCUUCGACAUGGACAGUGGUUUGUGCCAAUCAUUUCAAUAUGGCGGUUGUGCUGGCAAUCGGAAUCAUUUCUUCUCAAAACAUGAAUGUGAAAUACAUUGCGCUCGAUUUUUCAAUGGACGCACAGGCCGUAGAAGAAUAGCAGCACAUCAAAAUGCCUUACAUGCACAACAUAACACUAUCAUGUGGUCGCAAUCAGCCGAAAUAUUAAAUGAGUCUGAAGAGGAAGAUAUGAUUGAUAAUCAAGAAAGCACUGUACAUCGUUCUUCCUCAAAUGAUGUACCGUCACCUAGUAUUAACAUUUCUCAGAAUGUAGCGAAAGCAAAUUCCUGGAGGCAUGUAACUCAGUUUGAUCCGGAAAAUAGAAGACAUGCCGGGGCGAAAUUGAUGAGCGCGACUUCUCAGUCAUUGAAAAGCAAUACAGAAUUAAAUGCUUUGCGUUCCUUACAACAUGGCAACAAUAAAGCAAUGCAGGAUGGACAACUGAAUGCUACGACAUUUCAAAACUUUUCAAAAGGUUCUGUAAGAGAGCAGCAACCUUGGUCCAUUCCUUCACGAGAUAAAGUAGAUACUUUGAUAUCAGGUAGCAACAUUCAGCAACAAACUAUCACCGAUUACAAAAAACAGGUAUCGAUGGAAACCACUAAACAGCAAGACGCACACCGUCAUCAAAUCAAUGACAAAUCAACUCAAAGUAAUGUUUCACGGAUAACCAGUAAUGCAUCAAAGUCGGAGAUCAUAUCAGUCCAAGAAAACACUCAAACAGAAUCCACCCGUGAAAACAUUUCAACACCAAUGAACUUCUCUGAGUGGGAUAGAGGAAAUUUAACUCUUCAAGAGAGACAAUCUCAGACAACAGUUCAAAAAAUUGAUACCUCGCAAAUUCAGCAACAGAAUGGAUUGUCGCAGGAGACAUCAUCUGAACAACAGAUAUUACAGCAUGACACGCAAUCUAAGAACAUUGAAGAUAUCACUUCAACAACUUCAAACCUAUUCGACAGUCGGAUUGCAAAGCAGACAUUUACGGAUUUUACUACAGUACAGAAUUCGAAAACAUCAACCAAUGAGCAAAUAACAAGUUUGCCUCAAGCGAAAAUAUCAGAAUCGCAAAUUGCUCGGACGAUAACGAAUGAUCACGAUAAUGAGCUCAAGAAAGAGAUAGAAAGUACGAGAAUUAAUGAAGCACUGAUUGUAAAUAGCGGAUUCGAUAACUCAGUGAAUGAUGACUACAAAAUUCCUAUUGAUCAAAAUGGUGAAAGAUUGAUUUUAGAUAAAAUAGCGACAUCGAUGAAUUCGUUUUCUCCAAGAUCUGAAGCUAAUAACCAAAUUCAUAUGCAGCUGAAUAGCAUAAAUGAGCCUUUGAAGGAACAGAAUCAACUUGCCAAGAAGGUCACCGACAAUUCUGUCCGAGAGAAUGCUAAUUCUCAAUUUAUAAAUACUCAAUUAUCUCAUAAAGAAUAUGAUGGUGCAGUCGCAGUCGCUACACACUCUAAACCAAUACAACGUGAUCGUGAUUACGUAUUACGACAUCACGUGCGUAUAAUCAAUCAUGGUUCUGCAUUGCAAACGUUUUCCUCAUUAUCGCCAUCAUUGUUAUCAAAUUCACCACCAUCGCUGUCAGUUUCAUUGCUGCCAACUUUAUCAUCAACAAUUUUAUCACCAUCAUCAUCAACUACAUCACCCUCAGCAUUACCAUCAUCAAUUUCGUUAUCGUCAUCAUCGUUAUCAUCACCGUUAAUUCUUUCGGACACUGAAAUUCGUCAUAAUAUCUUUCCAGAAAUAUCCCACAGUAAUGUAUCGAAUAAGAAUGAAAGUUUUAACGGAGCACAGGGCACAAAUCUCAAGCAUGCAACUGAUGGGCAGAUUGUCCCAUCAAAUACCGAAGAAUUUUCGCAUGAUUCUGUUGCAAUGCACAUUAAUACACGUGAGAAUAAGGGUCGGAAAGUUAUUGCAUCAAACGAAAAGGAAGUGACAGAACCAGCAACUCUAAAUAACUUUAACACUAUCGCUGAUGUUACCGUCACUCAAGAAAGAUCUGAUAUUUUACCAGUAAUACUUCCUAAAGAUUGGGAUCUGGAUUCUGAUGGAUACAAAAUCAUUGACAAAAUUGACAUUACAUCACAGGGUUCUCUAUCCCAUGAAUCUUUAGUGACAACUAUCACUCCUUCCACAACUAUAUCAUCUGCUGAGCUUGAACAGACACUAAUGGAGAAUGCUGUUCCAUUGUUGACUUCUAUCUCGACCACCUUAAAUAGUACUCCUCAUGUUGCGCCAACUUCAGUCUCUUCGAUGACAUCCAUCAAUCACACCACUCUUUCCUCCGUUACGACCACUCCUGCAAAUAACAAUAUCACAUCAACUUCUGAGAUGAUAGCAGAAUCGGAAUCAACAAUCGUUGAACGGUCAUUUGAGUCAUCUAUUCCAUCAUCAUUGGAAUUUCUCAGUCAACCCAUUCCAUCCGGCAAAUCAUGGCUUUAUGAUGGUUUACACUCAAUCAUAAACUCGCAGGUUCUUCCGAAGCAAUAUUCGCGACAACAAGAAUUAUCAGAAAAGAAGUUAUCAUUCGGCUCCUUUGAACCCGUAGGUACAUUUGCUUUAGCAACAUUUAGCACAGCUAUUAAUAAGAAUAAUAAUCCAACAACAACCGUGAUGAAUACAUCGAGAGUACCACCAAUGCCAACAGAUAAUCCAACGAUACGGUUUACUUCUAUCCAAAAAUUAUUACCGGAUGUGAUGGACACUUCUGUUAGCAACGUUGAGCUUCAAGCAAAGAAGUCAGUAGGACAGUCGGGAAAAUCCAUUAAAGAAUCUGAAGAAAAUUACUUCAACGCUGAUUCAUCGAUCUUCAUGAAUGCUCCCAAUUUCCAAAACCACACUCUUACAGUUUUAUCACCUGAUCGGAUUAGAAAGAAUAAUACUGACAUUAUGACAAAAGAGCCAGAAUUUAUUUUACAUGGUACAAAAGAAAUAGAAAAGGAAAGAAGUGAAGGAAGAAUCGGAACAAUGGAUUUAUUAUCAAUACGUGAUUUCGAUGACACGUCAAUAAAGCCAGAGAAUGAUAUCUUAAAUCAGUUUGCAAUCAUCCAAAGGACAGCUACAGAAGUUCCUGCUUCUGUAAUAUCAAAUUCUGAGGCUGAUGUAUUGCCGAAUCAAGACCAUAGGGUAGAUAUUGUAGAAGGUCACAGUUUGCACCUCACAAAGCACCAAGAAUUGCAGCAAUCACCUACGGAAAAUCUCAAUGAAAUUACAGAGCAGCAAUUCAUAGCUUCUCAUAAUACACAGGUGGCCCACAAUAUCUCCUUACGGACAACUGUUAAACAAGGUGAAAUUGAAGAGCUACAAAGGGAUCAGACUACCGUGGAUGAGCAUCAGGAAGAGAAGAUGGAAUCGAAAACAUUGAAUCAACAAAAUAUUUCCGAUUUGCAAGUAACACCGGAAACAACAACUCAUGCCUCACGGCAGUUGUAUGGUGUUACCUCACUGCAAAAGUUGCAACCUGAGGAAGAUGACACAUGCGUGUUACCGCCAGAUGCAGGCACCUGUCGUGAUUAUGUACCGCGUUGGUUCUACAAUUCACAAACUGGGAAAUGUGAACAAUUCUCAUAUGGCUCAUGCGGUGGUAACAACAAUAACUUUCAUGACAGACAAGCUUGCGAGAGAAAAUGUUCGCGAAGUGAUUCGAUUAGGUCACAGUUACCGGAGCGAUGCACUUACAAAAAAGAUGAGGGUUAUAGCAACGGCUACAAUGUCAAAUGGUAUUUCAACGUGCGUAAUUUACGAUGUGAACAGAUGGUGUACCAAGGCCAAGGUGGCAAUUCGAAUCAAUUUGAGACGUUUGGCGAAUGUCAGACCUUCUGCACACGAGACAUUCCUAAAAUGUAUCAGAUUCAUUGGGCUUCGCUAGCCACAUUGGAUGGUAAAGCUCCUGAGAUGGACACAACUACCAAACAAAUUGAGCAUUCUUUGAAAACCAGUUCCAUUGGUCGUCUUCAACCACAUUUUGCUGCAUCUCAAGAUCAGAAAAACCAAAAACAACAAGCAGUAUCGAUUACCGGAACAGAUAGAAUAUCAGAGGAUCAGCACAAUAUCCAUGAUAUUUCUCAGAACGCUGGUGAAAGUCACCAUCGCAGUGUAGUAUCAGAUAACGAUUCGAUUGGUGAUAAGGAAAUACAGCAGAUUAGUUCGAAGCAACUUCCUAUACUAACACAAUCACCUAUAUCAGUAACACCUGCACAAGUUUUUCGCAGCCUGGACACGUCAAGAAAUGAAACAAUGACUGCGCCGAGAUCAUCUCCAAAACCAUCAUCAUUUGCUAAUGCUGUGAAUCAGAGCAGUGAUGAAAUCACAGAAAAAAAAGUUGGCAUUGUGAAAGUGUUGGGGUCUACGACUGCAAACAAAGACAAUGAUGCUACUGUUGACUUAAAUGUUUUUGAAGAUAUAGGCCAUACGCCUAGUUGUCCUAACGGCCUUAAGCCUAUACAGCAUGAAGAUGGUAGACCUAUGAUGUGUUUGCCAGGUAGAAAUCAAUGUUCCAGUAAUUCUCUCUGUUACUUCAAUGGCGUUGAUUUCUUUUGUUGUCCGAAUGCGGAAGAUCCGUACGAUGAACACGUAUUUGGAGGUUAUGGUGGAGAAGAAGUGAAGCGUGGAUAUAAAAAUGUCAAAAAGACACCAAUAAAUGAUAAUGAAUUGAUUGUUCGGAAGCUCAGGCUCAAACGUCGAGCGCAAGUGGUCUCUAGCCAUCCUUCAACAAUAAAUACAGCUGCACGGAUCGAUUCCAAUGUACAGCAUUCAUUGACCAGAGCAUCAUUAGUAGUAAAUAAUAGUGAUGCUAAACAAGUUGACAAUAUUUGUAUGCAAGAUGUCAAUGUGGGUAAAUGUACAGAAGCUCAUCUUCGAUUCUUCUACGAUCAUAGAGUGAACACCUGCCGAUUGUUCUACUAUAGUGGCUGUGAUGGUAAUGAUAAUAAUUUCGUCACGGAGGAUGAAUGUCGACAGCGAUGCAAAAGUGAUAAGGUAUACAUUGAAGAUGCACCACCAGGAAGCUGUCCAUUUGGUGAAGUGCCACUUGGUGAUAAUGCACCCGUAAUAUGCGGUAAAAAUAGAGGAUCUUUUGAGUGCCCGAAAGGAUAUUACUGUCGCAUGGGACCACCUAAUGUUUGCUGUCUCGAAAAAUCCCUUCCAGGUUUAGAGAAAAUAUUGGUGACAAAGAAAAAUCAAAAAAAUAUUCGUUUUUCGCCACAGCAGUCAAGCAGAACUGCGAGUUUUUCAUCUGAAGAGGCUCAGGGAGGAUACGAAGCAGAGAAUUCGCCAUCGUUGGUUGUACCAACAAACAUUUGUCCGGAUGGUUCAGAUGCACUGCUUGAUGAGUCUACUCAACAACCACUUAAAUGUGGCUUAGGCUAUGACGGUGAAUCCUUCUGUCCUGUUGGCUAUUAUUGCUCUAUUGAUUCAGAGAAGAAUGGACGACUAUGUUGCCAGCUUGGAAUAAUGGGAGUGAAAAUUCCACCUCCUCCAAUAGUACCGCCAUACUUUGGGUUACGACCCUCAAAUCCGGGUGAAGUUAUCCCGCGUGGAUCUUUGCCAUCCGAUCAUAUUUCACGAAAGCAUCAUAAAACCGGAAUAUCGAAUACGGUUGAACGUAAUGAAGGAUAUUCAUCUCGUUCAGCUUUACGCGGUACCAAACUAGCCAUAGAUGUGAAACGCUUAAGUGGUCCCCAUACGUCGGAGAAAAAGGCCACAGACUCUUCCGGAAAUUUCGUUCCAUUUGAUGAAGAGACAGAUUCUCUCGAAAAUUUCACUCCAUCUAAUACGAAAUUGCAAGAUGAAGUUUAUGGUCGAAUGAUGCUUAAAUCAAAAGAUCAGAUAUUUCGAACACAAGCGCUUAACAACGCAAUGAGUAAUGUGAUUUCUCCCGAAACAGAAACAAACGAAGUUCAAAUUGAUAUUGGAGAGAUGAAAGAUCCAUUCGAGUCACUAGAAUAUACUCAGAAAACCACUUCCGAUGGAACUGUUUGCCUUUUAAAACCUAAUGAAGGUCGGACUUGUCGGGAAGACGAAUCACCUCCUCGAACGAAUUUACAAUAUUUUUACAGUAAUCGCGACAAACGCUGUAAACUCUACUUCUAUCGAGGAUGUGGCGGCAGCAAGAAUCGAUUCGAUACCAAAAGGCAUUGUGAAUUAACGUGUGCUUUUCUGUCAUUAAUCAUUCCUAUACUCCUACCAGCACCUUUACCUACAGUUAAUAACAAACGUAUACUCGUGCUGCAGCUUACAUUUCAUACCGUAAGCGCGGGACAACCUCAGGAAAUACAUUACAGUCCCGUACUGUCUUCCAGUCAGAGAACUACGGUAGUGAUGCAUAACACGCAUGCAAGUCGAUCUCUCAUCCCAAUAGAUUUUGAUGACAGUAGUGAUGAGAAGAAGAAAACUGAGAACGGAAGCAGUCUGUUGCAUUCUAAUGACUCAAGCUCGAGCGAAGAUGAAUGGAAUAGAAACGAUCGCGUAAUCCAUCUCAGCGAUACUGGUCGAAGCAUCAAACAACAACUGAAAGAAGCGAAAAGGAAUUGCUCGGACUGUUUAUAUUGGAGGGAAUCUGCAAAGAAACAAGAAGUCACCGUCCAAGAAAAUCGUCGUUCACUUCAAGAAAAAGCUCAGCAAGUUACAAGAGCUGUCGAAGUAUCAUCAAAAGAUGCGUUGAAAGUUUAUGAUCCAUUUUUUGGUAUUCGUAUCAGGAAUCCAACACUUUCAUCAGCAGCUUUUCAAUCAUAUUGUGAUGGUUUGAAAAGAAUCCGCCUGAGCCAACUGAAAUCUUUUUCUAAACUGGGUGAUAAAUGGAUUUCUUUGGCAAUUAUCAUUGAAAAAACAGGUUGUCGUAAAAGCGCAAAUGGAAACGAGUAUAUGAUCUGGAACACUUCCGACCUAACGAAUUCUCCAGAUACAAAUGUUAAAGUUCUCGUGUUCGGUGAUUGUAUCAAAAAAUUUUGGAAACUGCAGCUUGGUAGUGUUAUUGCGCUUGUAGCACCACCUUUUGCUGAUGGCGACGAUAAACAGGUAACAGUGAAAUUAACGAAAUGUGCACAAGUUUUGGAAAUGGGAUUUUGCCCGGAUUUUGGUCAUUGCAAAAAUGUGGUAAAUUUAUCGCAGUGCGAGCGCUGCAUUUAUCAUGUUCAACGAGCAGCUCAGAAAUUCACAGCAAAUCGUGGCUCGUUUGCUUCUGUGCUAUCAAAUCCCAAACGAAAGUUACCAUUGCAAGAAUCGAACUCAUUUUCGGGGAAUAUAGUUACAGUUUCGAGAAGAACUACCAAAGUUCCAACAAAUGCGUUGUCGAUAAAUGAGAGUAGAAAACAUUUCAAACAACAGCAAACGUCGAGUUGUUUAAUGCGGUCAAAUAGUUUGAAGGAGUGUGGAAAGAAGACACUGGAUGCUUUCAAUGUGAAAGAGGCUUCAAUUUGUGAUAUAAGAAGCGCAUCGCAACCGAAUGAAAAAAUAUUGCCAAAGAAAAAAAGCAAUGAAUCAUUGAAAGAGUUUCUGCAAAAGCAGGAUGAAAAGAAAAGUUUGACGUAUUCUCCAGUCCUUGGCAAAGGUUUAAACUCAGAAUCUGUCUUACUAAUUAGCCCCAGGAAAGUUGUCAACAAACCAAGUGCUUCAGAAAAUGCUAAGCGAAAAGCUAUUGCAAUAAUAAUGAAAAGAGGUGGUCUGGAAAAAGCUGAUCCAAACUCAAUCAACGGCAGGCCUAUAAAAAGACGUUUGCUUUUUUCUCCAGAGCGUAAAGGACAGCUUAAAAUGAAAAAACCCGAAGUUAAUGUGAAUGCUAAUGGCAACUCAGAGGAAGUCGGAAAAUUCUCAAAAACUUUUUAUACUGCCAAUGAAAUUUCAGCACUAUUGGAGAAAAAAAGCAAUCACGAGAGUGAACUUCGUCGGGAAGAUGCUAUUCGUGAAGAGCGCUACUUCCAAGCCAUGGAAGUGAAAGAGAGAAUGGAAAAUUAUCUGACCAGCAUUAUGGAAAUUAAAAAUUACAAUGUAAUUACGUGCACUCAGUGCAAUUAUACGUCACACAAACAAAGUGAUUUAUGCAAACAAUUACACCAUAAUGUAAAACACUGCAAGGCCAACAAGCGAUUUUUCCGCUGUAAACGGUGUCAUAGGCGCACAGUCUCGUACGAAAGACUACCUACAAUUCCUUGCACGCAAUGUGGGUACAACGAUUUUCAACGAGUAGCAAUGAAAGAUGAAAAACAGAUAAAACUAGCACAGGAAAAUUUGCUUUUACGUGGUGAAGAACAGAAAUAUGUUAAUUGCUAA